ACCCAGGCCCCCUGAGUUCACCCUCAGUACUGACUUUAAAAAAGAAAAGAAAAAGUGUUCUUUAGACACUGAAAUGAGGCCUCCAGGGGGCAGCACAAAGGCAGAGAACUAGUCAGAGCCCUCAGCCUUCCAGGCCCCGGGCUGGGGCUCCCCACAGUUUCCCGCCACCCCUCCUCCCAUUCCUUCCAACUUUAUUUUUAGCUGCCAGUGGGAGGGGGCAGGAUAGGAGGGAAAGUAAAGAAAACAGAGAGGGAGAGGGACGCGGGCACAGAGGACUUCUCACGCAGGGCACAAGGACCCAGCAUGGAGCUCACCCUCUUCCUUCACCUGUUCUUACCCCUGAUGCUACUGACAGGCUGCCCCACAUACAUGGACGUUGUUAUUGUCUUGGAUGGCUCCAACAGCAUCUACCCCUGGUCUGAAGUUCAGACUUUCCUGCGGAGGCUGGUAGGGAGACUGUUCAUCGAUCCUGAGCAGAUACAGGUGGGGCUGGUGCAGUAUGGGGAGAGCCCUACCCAUGAGUGGUCCCUCGGAGAUUUUCGGACCAAGGAAGAAGUGGUGAGAGCAGCGAGGAACCUCAGUCGGCGGGAGGGCAGAGAAACCAAGACUGCUCAAGCAAUAAUGGUGGCCUGCACAGAGGGAUUCAGCCAGUCCCGGGGUGGCCGACCAGAAGCCGCCAGGCUACUGGUCGUUGUCACAGAUGGAGAGUCGCAUGAUGGGGAGGAUCUUCCUGCAGCGCUGGAGGCCUGUGAGGCAGGCAGGGUGACCCGCUAUGGAAUCGCGGUCCUUGGUCAUUACCUCCGACGGCAGCGAGACCCCAGCGCUUUCCUGCGAGAAAUCAGAGCCAUCGCCAGCGAUCCAGACGAGCGUUUCUUCUUCAACGUCACUGAUGAGGCUGCGCUAACAGACAUUGUGGAUGCCCUAGGAGACCGAAUUUUUGGCCUUGAGGGGUCCCAUGGAGAAAAUGAAAGUUCCUUUGGGCUGGAAAUGUCUCAGAUUGGCUUCUCCACUCAUCGGCUAAAGGAUGGGAUUCUUUUUGGGAUGGUGGGCGCCUAUGACUGGGGCGGCUCAGUGCUCUGGCUUGAAGAAGGUCGCCGCCUUUUCCCUCCACGUACAGCUCUGGAGGAUGAGUUUCCCCCUGAAUUUCAGAACCAUGCAGCCUAUUUGGGUUACUCUGUUUCCUCCAUGCUUCUGCGGAGUGGACGCCGCCUCUUUCUCUCAGGGGCUCCUAGGUUCAGACAUCGAGGAAAAGUGAUUGCCUUCCAGCUGAAGAAAGAUGGGGCUGUGAGGGUCGCCCAGAGCCUCCAGGGGGAACAGAUUGGCUCCUACUUUGGCAGUGAACUUUGCCCUUUGGAUACGGAUAGCGAUGGAACAACAGAUGUCUUACUUGUGGCUGCUCCCAUGUUCCUGGGACCCCAGAACAAGGAGACAGGCCGUGUCUAUGUGUAUGCUGUGGGCCAGCAGUCUUUGCUGAUGCUCCAAGAAACACUUGAGCCGGCAGUCUCCCAGGACGCUCGGUUUGGCUUUGCCAUGGGAGCUCUUCCUGAUCUGAACCAAGAUGGUUUUGCCGAUGUGGCUGUGGGAGCACCUCUGGAGGAUGGACACCAAGGAGCACUGUAUCUCUACCAUGGAACCAAGAGGGGAGUCAGACCUCGUGCUGCCCAGCGGAUUGCUGCUGCCUCCAUGCCACAGACCCUCAGCUACUUUGGCCGAAGCGUGGAUGGGCGGUUAGAUCUAGAUGGAGAUGAUCUGGUAGACGUGGCUGUGGGUGCCCAUGGGGCAGCCAUCCUACUCAGCUCCAGACCCAUUGUCCACUUGGCUCCAUCACUCAAUGUGACCCCGGCAGCCAUCAGCGUGGUUCAGAGGGACUGUAGGCGGCGAGGCCAGGAUGCAGCUUGCCUGACCGCAGUCCUUUGCUUCCAAGUGACGUCUGACACCCCUGGCCGCUGGGAUCGCCAAUUUGACAUAAGAUUCACCGCAUCGCUGGAUGAGUGGACAGCCGGGGUCCGGGCAGCCUUUGAUGGCUCUGGCCAGCGGCUGUCUCCUCGACGGCUCCGACUCAGUGUGGGGAAUGUCACCUGUGAGCAGCUCUGCUUCCACGUGCUGGAUACCUCAGAUUAUCUCCGGCCGGUGGCCUUGACUGUGACCUUUGCCGUGGACAACUCCACAAAGCCGGGGCCUGUGCUGGAUGAAAGUUCACCCACCUUCAUAGGAAAGCUGAUCCCCUUCUCAAAAGACUGUGGCCCUGACAAUGAAUGUAUCACUGACCUGGUGCUCCGAGCUAAUAUGGACAUCAGAGGGUCCAGUGAGUCCACUCUGCACCGCUAUGAGGUUCACCCCUACCGGACUCUCCCAAUGAAUCCUGGCCCUGAAUUCAAAACCACUCUCAGGGUUCAGAACCUCGGUUGUUAUGUGGUCCGUGGCCUCAUCCUCUCUGCCCUCCUUCCAGCUGCAGCCCAUGGGGGCAAUUACUUCCUGUCUCUAUCCCAAGUCGUCACGAGCAAUGCAAGCUGCAUAGUCCAGAACCUGACGGAGCCACCAGGGUCCCUUGUGCAUCCAGAGGACCUUCAGCACACGAACAGGCUGAAUUUGAGCAACACGCAGUGUCAGGUGGUGAGAUGCCACCUGGGGCAGCUGGCAAAGGGAGCUGAGGUCUCUGUUGGAGUUCUGAGGCUGAUCCACAAUGAAUUCUUUCGGAGGGCCAAGUUCAAGUCUCUGACAGUGGUGAGCAGCUUUGAGCUGGGAACAGAGGAAGGCAGUGUCCUGAAGCUGACUGAAGCCUCCUGCAGGAGUGAGAGCCUGCUCGAGGUGAUUCAGACUCGUCCUGUCCUCAUCUCCCUGUGGAUCCUUCUCGGCAGCAUCCUGGGUGGGCUACUCCUGCUUGCUGUCCUUGUCUUCUGCCUGUGGAAGCUUGGCUUCUUUGCCCGUAAGAAAGUACCCGGGGAGGAAAAAAGAAAAGAGAACAUGGAGCAAUGA